UUCCUAGGCGUAAUUCGACACUCAGUUUUUCGUACGUUCCAGGUGAAGAGGUGGAAAUUGACGGUUCCCUGAGCCCCGGUCCCGAUCAAUCAAUUCAUGCCUACGCUCCUUUUUGCGAUUGCGAGCGAUGAUGUGGAACAAGUACGGAAGGUGCUUGACAGUGGCGAGGCGGGACCAAAUGAUCCCGUUGGACCACAGUCAGCCCUUGCCUUCACGCUUACGAACGACAAAUUAGCACGCAGGAAUGAUAUUGUGAAAGUCCUCCUUGCAUAUGGGGCAGAUCCGUCGGCGCUUCGAAAUCCAGCGCUAAAUCCAACGGCUCGAGCGGAGGAGGGUAAUGUUGGACCCCCUCCCGAAACUACUCUGGAAGGAAUGGACCCCGCUACGAGGUACUUUAUUGCUCGAGCAGAUAAUGCACAUACGCGGCAAACAUCGCGGUUAAUAUAUAGAUCCUUUUUCCGUCCUCUGACGCGUGUGCGUUACGACGUCGUAGGUCAAGACUGGGCACUAGAGCAGCUUUUCCGGGUCCUCAGUAUGCAUUCUCAGCGCCUCGCUGUAGCGCCUAUAGUGGUCUUGCUGUGCGGUCCUAGCGGUCAUGGGAAGAGCCUAUUGGCCCGAAAAUUCGGCUCGCUACUGGAAGUCCCUACGCAUACUGUAAAUAUGACUACCCUUCGAUCGACGCACGAUAUAUGGCAAUCGCAUUCAAUGAGCCCCUAUGAGGAACCUUCGUCGUAUACCUUGGCAGAGUUUUUCAUAGCCAAUGAAGGCAAGAGAUGCGUGGUUGUGCUUGACGAAAUCGAAAAGACAGAGGAUCAGAAAGCAUUAUGGUCUCUGCUCAUGCCUUGGGAACUCGGACGUUGCUCCUUGGCAGCUGGCACGCGCCAUAUAGACGUCCACAACGUCAUCUGGCUGGGAACAUCGAAUAUCGGUCACGAGUUGGUAUUUGAACAUCACCAGAACCACCCAGAACAAGAUAAGCCGUUGACACGUGAGGAGUACCUCCAACUGAUGGACAUCCUGCGCCCUCGAGUUUCGGAGUGUCUUGGAGCGUCGCUUCUGUCCCGAGUUACCACUGUCCUUCCAUUCGUACCAUUCACCUUGGAAGAGAAGAAAGCUAUCGCCGCCGAAUCGGUCUAUGCCUUGGGUGGCGAUAGUGCCAGAGAAUUAUCCCCACAGGAGGUGGAGGCGUUGGUGAUGAAGGCCUUGCCUCACUAUGUGCCAGGCGAAGGGGCUCGAUCGUUACAUAGAGCAAUAUCUAAUCAACUUGUGGAUGCUAUGUAGGCUUUGGUCCUCCCUGUAAUCCAGUCACGCUGGUGCGCGCUUUAUUAGCAAGGAAGCUGUGUUUCAGGUACCAUCUGACUAGUUGUCAACUUGCGGUGACAUCUUCUAGACCAGAGGACAUACCACCAAUACUUGUGAAGUUGACUUCACACUCGGUGCUAUCUACAAC